UCUGCUUUGUGAAGUGACGUAUUUCCGGGUGGUGCGCUGGGUACUACACGUGGAUCGUAAGGAACUGGGACCCCCUGAGUAAACGUUUAAUUUAUACCCACAUUUCAUUUCUUUGAAAAGCUCCCGAAAUACCCUGUCAUCAUGGUGAAACCACAGUUUAAAGGGAAGAUGUCGAUCAAUCCCUCAUCGUCAAGUAGUAAUCCAGACCGCGCCAAGGGGGCCGGAGGAAGCAACAUGAGGGACCGUUCUACUAUCAAACGCCUGAAUAUGUACAGGCAAAAGCAACGAUGUAACAACAGAGGGAAGGUUAUUAGGCCAUUAUCGUAUCAGUCCACUGUGACUGAUGGCACAGUCGCCCGAGUGGAGCCGAACAUCAAAUGGUUUGCCAACACGCGGGUCAUCAAGCAGUCGUCCCUGCAGAAGUUUCAGGAUGAGAUGGGUGCAGUGGUGAAAAACCCCUACAGGGUGGUGAUGAAGCAGAGCAAAGUGCCCAUGUCCCUUCUGCACGACCGCGUCAAAGCCCACAACGCCAAGGUUCAUAUCCUGGACACAGAGACGUACGAAACCACAUUCGGCCCCAAGUCUCAGCGUAAAAGGCCCAGUUUAUGUGUGGGGGACGUGCAGGACCUUCUGGAGCAAGCCCAGGCUUCUGCUGAAACCUAUAGUUCAGACAAGGACCGGGACCUGGUCGUAGAGGACGAUGGCAUCAGGAAUGAAGCUCGUGAGGAGAUUUUCAAGAAGGGACAGUCCAAGAGGAUUUGGGGUGAACUUUAUAAGGUGAUCGACUCCUCAGACGUCAUCAUCCAGGUUCUGGACGCACGUGACCCCUUGGGCACGCGCUCCAAGAACAUCGAGACCUACAUCAAGAAGGAGAAGGGCUGGAAGCACCUCAUCUUCGUGCUCAACAAGUGCGACCUCAUCCCCACCUGGGUCACGAAACGCUGGGUGGCCACGUUGUCCAGCGAGUACCCCACGCUGGCCUUCCACGCCAGCCUCACCAACUCCUUCGGCAAGGGCUCCCUCAUUCAGCUCCUCCGCCAGUUUGGCAAGCUCCACACAGACAAAAAGCAGAUAAGUGUUGGCUUCAUUGGUUACCCUAAUGUUGGAAAGAGCUCCAUCAUCAACACCCUGCGCCACAAAAAAGUAUGCAAUGUGGCGCCUCUCGCUGGCGAAACCAAGGUUUGGCAGUAUAUUACCCUGAUGAGACGCAUUUUCCUCAUCGACUGUCCAGGUGUUGUGUAUCCUUCCGGGGACAGCGAGACAGACAUCGUUCUCAAAGGAGUGGUCCAAGUUGAGAAGAUCAAGACCCCAGAGGACCACAUUGGUGCGGUGCUGGAGAGGGCCAAGGCUGAGUACAUCCAGAAGACCUACCGAAUUCCGUCUUGGACGUCUGCCGAGGAUUUCCUGGAAAAGCUUGCAUUCCGCACAGGAAAACUCCUUAAGGGUGGUGAGCCUGACCUUCCCACCGUGUCCAAGAUGGUGCUGAAUGACUGGCAGCGGGGGCGCAUCCCCUUCUUUGUGAAGCCCCUUGGCAUGGAGGGAGAUGAGGAGGCGAAAACAGCAGUGCCCUUGGAAGGCCCUGUUGUAGAGGCAGAGCAGGCCGUGUGCGUGGAGCAGCUGCCUGAGGAGCAGAUGCAGGCCAUGGCCUCUUCCUCUGACAACCAGGCCCAAGAGCAGCUGAAACACAAGCAAGAGCAGGUGCAGAAGAUGCUGUCCAACAUCCGGCAAAACUUCGGCAAGAUCAACGUGGCUCCUCAGUUCAGUGAGGAAGACCUGGUGCCCGUCGAGACCCCUGACCUCCUCGACCUGUCUGGCAGCGAGUGCGAGGACGAGGAUGGUAGUGAGGACGAAGAUGGUAGUGAGGAAGGUGACGGCGAGGAUGAGGAGGGAGGAAACCAGGAUGAGGAGCGAGAGAAAGGGGAUGAGGAGAAACCAGUCAAGGAAGGCCCCGCUUCUGAUGCUGGGAGCUCAAAGAGCAAGAGUACACGCGAGGUGAACAAACAGCUGGAUGAGAAGAUUGCCAAGUUAAAGCAUUUCCUGGAUCGGGCAAAGUCCAAGCACUUCUCUGCUAUCCGAAUCCCAAAAGGUCUGUCUGAUAAGGUGUUUGCAGACAUGAAGGAAAAGCAGAACGCUGCAAAUAAAUCCAAACGCACUAAAGGCACGAUGCAGGCGGGCAGAAAGAGGAAGGCUGAGGAUGAUGAAGAGCCAGAGGAGAGAAACAAGCUCACAUCUAAAGAGAAGCGAAGGAUCGACCGUUCCCAAAAGACGAAAAAGGUUGGGGUGCGAUAUUAUGAAACGCACAAUGUGAAGAACAAGAACAAGAACAGAAAAAUACCCACAGAGGGCAAGAAAACGAAACGAACCAAACGAUAAAUAUUUGGGCCGCUAAAAUUAUGUAUCUUUCAACGGACAUUUUGUGCAAGUGUAUGGCUGGAGGUGGGAAUUAUAUUGGUGUAUUUAAGAUUCUGAUUUGUCCGUCAUUGGAUCGGACUGAAGAAUGCUUUUUUGAUCGCCUUAAUUUACCCACCAUCCUGGGAGAAAGUGAUGGCCUGCUUCUACUUGCUGCUGUCUUUAAAAUAACAUUGUUCUGUAUGGAACGCAGGUAUUUUCUUAACUAUACAAUGCAGCCCUUCUGCUGCAUGCCAAACAAUGAUCUGUCUGGCUUGUACGCUGGAGUGGCAUGUCUCUCUGGAUCUGUUAAUAAAGACGCAAAGAGGCAACUGACUUUUCAGUGUCCUUUAUUGCAAAAAAAAUGA